AGUAGUCCGACAUUUAGACUGAAGUUAUCCUCAUAACAUUAUUGAAUAACCAAUGGAAACCUCAACCAAUAUUCUUUGUGGAAUAUGUGACGCUCAACAUGUCACAAAAUGUGCAGAUUUCUGGUGUCCAGAAUGUGACGAUGGUCUCUGCACUGAAUGUAAAACACAUCACAGUUUUUCAAAGUCAAGUCGACAUCAUGAUGUUAUAUCCAUAGAGAAAUAUAGAAAACUCCCAACGGACAUUUUGAGCAUAGUCCACCACUGCACUGAACAUGAAAAGAAAUUCCAUAUCUUCUGUCCCCAUCAUGAUCAACUUUGUUGUCUUUUAUGUAUUUCAACCAAUCAUAAAGAAUGCAGCGGGAUGUUAUCUAUUGAUGAAAUGGCAAAAACUUCUAAAUCCAGUGGGUUGUUGGAAACUUUGCUGAAAUCAUUAGAAGACCUCAAAAGCAACAUGGAUAAUAUAGUAUAUGAUAGACAAUCUAAUCUGCUUAAAAUUAAAGAACAAAAAGAAAACAUUUAUUCUGGCAUUAAAGAACAACGUAAAAGGAUAAAUUCACAUUUCGAUAAACUAGAACAAGAAAUCGUCAAAAGUCUAAAUGCAGCUGAGCUUGAUUUAAAUAUGAAAAUUGAAGAUCUACUAAAAGAACUUGGGGAGAAAUCAGAGAAAAUAACAGUGCUACAAAAUAACAUAUCAGAUCUUAAAAAUUAUGCGUCAGACUUACAAACUUUUGUCGUCAGUAAAAAUAUAGAGACCAAAAUUCAAUCUGAAGAGACCUACAUCCAGUCCUUAACAAAAGAUGAACGUUUGAAACAACAUUCCCUCAAAUAUUCUCAGAGUGAAAAGAUAGAGAGUUUGUUCCAUAGCAUCACAUCAUUUGGAUUGAUGUCAAAGGAAUCUGGUCCACCUUCUGUUGAGAUAAAAUUAGAAAAGAAUAAACAAGCUCAAAUAUUAACAGCCAGUUUAAUUCCAAAAUCUGUUGACAAUGUUUCUGCUAGAUUAGUACGCAAAUUUCAGAUUCCCAAAGGGAAUUCAAGAAUGGAGAAUGAUAUAACUGGAUGUGCUAUGUUUCCAAAUGGAAAAGUUAUCUUUGCAGAUGGUGGAAACAAGCGACUUUUGAUAGUUAACACUGAUGGUUCUUUGGAUUGUGAGAUACCACUUUCAUACUUUAGACCAUUUGAUGUAGCUUGUGUUGAUGACACAACAGUAGCAUUCACAGUUUUUAAAUCAUCUCAAAUUCGUUUAAUUGACAUCAAGUCAAGGCUUAUCAAAAACACCACUGAAACAAACUGCUCUUGCUUCGGUAUUACAUGCACGGGUACAAAAAUUUAUUAUGGCAAUGAAAAAACAGUUGGAGUCAUAGAAAUGAAUGACAAAACUUCGUCUUCAUUGGUGAAUUUAGAUAAAUCAAUAUCCCAUUUUUGUUAUGUAACAACAUUUGGUGAAUUCGUGUAUUUCUCAAACCAUGAUACAGAUACAGUUAGUUGCUUUAAUUUAAAGGGUGAAAAAAUCUGGGAGUUGAAAGAUGAAGCCGUUCUUUCUGGACCAAGGGGAGUUGCUGUUGACAGAAAUGGCAUUGUGUACGUAGCAACAGGAAACACAAAUUGUAUUGUUGCAAUUUCACCCGAUGGGAAGAAAGUAGCAGAUUUUCUAACUUCUGAUGAUGGAAUUAAAAAGCCAUUUAAACUUUUUUGCGACAGUUACAGGGACUUGCUGUUAGUUGCAGAAUGUGAUGGACUUUGUGCUUUAUUUCAGAUUAAAUGAUUC